AUGAAAUCAAAUUUUUUAUUUAAUUUCUUUUUACUAUUAUUUUUUAUUAAUAUCCUAAAAUUUGGUAUUGUAAAAUCAAGUAAUUUGAUAUGUUUAAAUAGUAUUUCAACAAAAUUGGCAGGAAGCACAAUUUCAGAUUAUUGCACUAAUGAAUUAACAGUAAAUUUAUAUUCAUUUUCAUAUAGCACAGUAUGUAAUGGAACAACUCUAACUCAACUAACUCUUAGUACCAUUUUAUACAAUAAUAAAAGUUUGUCAUAUACUGAAUUAAAUUGUUUUGAAACAACAUUAGAAUCACUAAUUUUAAAUAGUAUUUUAAUACAUGAAGAUUCCUUUGGAGUUGAAAACCAACCAGCAAUUGCUGAUACAAUUACUUUAAGUAAUGUUACAUUCAUAGAUGGAAGAUUUACAUCUCUUGGAAAUUCUUUACCAUUUAAUACAAGCACUUUAAACAUUUUUAAUCUUGGAACAUCAAAUUUACUCUUUAUUGAUUUUUUAGCUAUUAAAAACCUAAAAACAUACUAUACAAUUAAUUUUAAUUCUUUAGAACCUUAUCCAACAUAUACCAAUAGUUUAACUAGCCCAGACUUUAAAAUGGAAAAAAUAACAAUGGCUUUAUCAAACAUUCCUUCUUUUUUAAAUGUUGUAGUUGACUAUCUAGAAUUGCUAUUAGUUGGAACAUCAUUUUCUUCAUCACAAUUAUCAAAUUUAGGAACAAUGACUCAUGUUUCAGCUUUGGCUUUUAAAUCGAAUUCUGCUAUUGAAUAUCCAACAGAGUUAGGUUCAGCAAAUAACAGCAUUACUACUUUAACGUUGACAACACCACUUCUUGCAUAUGCUAAUUAUGCUCUCCCUCCAAACCUUGCCCUGCUUUAUGUUAGUGCAGGUUCAAAUUUCAAUUUUAACAAAAGGCUCCCAUUCAGUGUAUUCCCGUCUUCUUUAAAAUCUAUAUUUAUUGGAGCUAUUGGUAUUGAUUCUUUUAGUCAGGUCCUUCCUCAAACAAUUGAAGCUAUAAUAAAAAAUAUUAAUUGUAGAAAAUUUCAAUCAAUUCAAAUAGAACAAUUUCAAAUAAUCCUAUGGGACCAAGAAAUUUACCAAGUUUUGAGCAUUACACAAACUAACUCAACUUACCCUAACAGGAUGUGGAUUUACUGGAACAAUUCCAGAAUCAUAUUGUUUAUUUGA